AUGACCACCAUUGCUCUAUCGCUUGACCCAGUUGUUCUGUCUGACCCCAACACUGGAACUGUCCUGAACAUCGCGAGUACAGUUUCCUUCCGCUCGUCAACAGACCGAAAACUAUUUUCAAAUAUCAACGAGCUGCUCGCUGGGAUUCAAGCAGGAGAUUUAUUCAUACUCAAGGCUCAGACUUGCUGUUUCCUAGUCUCGCUCACCCGGGAGGAAAGCAAUGCAGAAGACCAAGCGGUUUUCAUCUGGACCCAGCUAGGAAUCGAUAUAGUGCGCAAUGUGGAGAGUCCUUCCAGCCAUCGGCAUAUAUCGUUCAAGAUUGAGCAUAAAGAAGCUGUCUUACACCCAACUCUACCUCCCAACACAACGGUCAUUACUAUGCAGCAUCUGACCUGCUCCUUCUAUAUUCAUCAGGAAUCAUCCAUCUCCGAAGGUCCUAUGGAAUCAGCCUAUCAAAGGACGUCAUCGAUGACUAGCAGUCAUGGCUCUCGCCUUGAUUCAGAAAGUGGCUUUGGUUUGGGCGUCUCGCCUCAAGAUGGAGAGGUUACUUCUCCCAUAGGUCGGCUUGUAGAAGCUGGUCUCGACACGUUGGUUGUCGGUCGCAGGGCUGUGGGCGGUAUCAGAACACUGAGCACGACGAGAACACCAAUUAUAUGCCUCGUGCCCGAGAUUUUCAACAUGAACUAUCUUUCGUCCUUGACUUGUCGGUCUCGCCUCCUACCAGCGUUGUCCUCUGUGUUUCAGGACCUUAAUCACAUUGAGUCUCGUCAACUACGAGAUUAUGCAUCCGCAUCUCAUGGCAUCCCCACAGGCAGUCUUCAAAGCACAGCUCAGAAUCAUGAAUCCAAUGACUUUGGACACCUAAUUUGGAGGCUUAUACGUGCGCAGAUACCCGCUUGCGAAGAGACUAAAUUCUCACAGCAACAAUUCCGAGGAUUGACGCGUCCGGAGGAAUACUCAAGAGUACCGGCCAUUGAUGCCAUGAUUGCGUACGGAACUAUGUCAGAGGAUGAAGCUUCACUCCAUGAAGAAACCAGCCUUGCGACUAAUGAUGGAUGUGAAGUGAAUCAGGGUCGCGAUAUCCUAGAGACGUUGUCAGACAUCGAUAUGGAGUUUGACCAGAAUACGUCGCCUUCAUGGACCGUUGACGAGAAUCCGCUAUUGCCUUCUUCACCCCUGACUAUGAACUUACUCAUGGACCGGAGCGAGCUCAGACACGAGCAUGAAGCAUUCGACGAUGAGGAUGGCUACCCAGAAGAUAUUUCGGACUACGAAACCCAUCUAGAAGCUUAUAGCUCACCACUCUCACCACGACCCUCCUCGUACUUUGUAAGAACUCCCGAACCAAACAGCGAGGCCGACUCAGAGGGGCAUACGCCGAAUCAAGCUUUCAACUUGGCAGAUACAUCACUGCCACCUCUUAUUUCAUUGCGAGAACUGGUCGCGGUCGGUCCUGCAAGUUACAGUGAUCGGUCGAACUUCGGCCCUGAUAACGGCGAGAACGACUUCGGAGAAGGCCACCAUGCUAAUGACCACCAAAGGCAACGGUCGAUUUCUCUCGUAUCAUACUGCGAUUGGCAAAGUGACGAGGACGAGGAUAAGGGGCCGCUCUCGGAGCUGUCGUUCCAACCAACCAGGCAUGACCGCCAAGCGGAUGAUGAUGAUGAUGGGAUCUGGCCAAGCGAAGUCUUCUCCGGAAGCGAAAUUGACCUUUACGAUGAUCAAAUCGAGGAACGGAGUUUCAAGAGAUAUAUUGCAAGAAAUGGAUGUCGAACGCAGCCUGUGACAUUCGAGCAUCACAUACUGUGGUAUCUGCCGCUCAAGCGCGACCAUAAAACCGACUCAUUUCUGAAGCCUUAA